UUAUUUUAUUUAGAUCGCUCCUAACAGCUGGAUCUGAUUCACAACCAUCGUUAACGACACACUGUGAAGAAAUUCCUUCUAUCGAAUUCCAAUGGGAAAGAAGAAAGGGACAGAUCCUCCAGCCCUGCAAAAAUACGGCGUCCCUCUAUAUUCAGCUGCUUGGCUUCCGCUUCAAUUCCGUCACGAGGACCACGAUUCCUCUAAACAACAUGAACAGGACAAGGACAGGGAGGAGAUCACCCACGCCUCUGCUUCUUCCUAUGAAUACUAUGUCAUUUUGGCCGGUGGUGGCGGUGAAGGCCGCAGCGGCAUCCCCAACGCUGUCCUUCUCUCCCGUUUCGAUUUCUCCUCCAAUUCUCUCUCUCCUCAGCCCGUAGCUAAGCUUAAUCUUGGUUCUGAUUUGCCCUAUAGAAUGGUGGUUCACCCCGGUGGAGACGGACUUAUUUGUGCAUUGCCGAAUAGUUGCCGAUUUUUUGAGUGGGAUGAAGUCGAGGACAAUGAAGACCAUAAAUUGGGCCUUAAAUCGUCUGAAAAAGUAUUGACACAAUUGGAAGAUGUUGGACAGCAAUUAGCAUUGGUCUUUAACAGUGACAGCUCUGUGCUUGCUGUUGGCGGAGAGGAUGGCAAUUUAAGGGUUUUCAAGUGGCCUAGCAUGGAAAUUAUUUUCAACGAGGCUCAAGCCCAUGCGUCCCUGAAGGACCUGUGUUUCAGCCCUGAUGGAAAAUUUCUCGUUUCAUUGGGAGGUCGUGGCCCUGGUAGAGUCUGGGAUGUAACUUCAUCAAUGGCUGUUGCCUCUUUAUCAAAGGAAAACGAUGAAUUUUUUGCCUCCUGCAGAUUUUCUCAAAUUAGUGAUCAGACUCAGGUUCUGUAUGUUGCGGCAAUUACAGACAAAGGUUCAAGUAUCGUGACAUGGAACGCAAGCUCAUGGAAGAGAGUGAGCUCAAAGCAUGUAUUCCGUGAACCAGUUUCUUCCUUUAACAUCUCACCUGAUGGAAAGUUUCUUGCAAUAGGCACGGCUCAAGGAGAUGUGAUGCUUAUAAAUUCAACCAAUAUGUGUAUUCAAACAAUGAUUAGGAAAGCACAUCUUGGCAUAGUAACAGCAUUGACAUUCUCUCAUGAUUCAAGGGCUUUGGUCUCUGCAUCUAUGGACUCAAGUGCAAGGGUGACACUAGUUGAGGACAAGAAAUGUGGUAUGUACAUUGAUAUUCAGAUUUUUCUUCCUGUCAUUGGUGGCUCUGCAAUGGCUGCCUUAUGGACUAAGUAUUUGGUAUGAGUGGAAUGUGAACUCAGAAAGUAAAUUGCAUGCUGCCAAAUAUUGGGGGACUUUUCUGUGAUGACUUUUAUGUGCUAGUAUCAUCGUGUCAAAACUUACUCUUCACAUUAUUUAUGGUUACAAGUUAGUGGUAAUUCACCAAGAAUUAGCCCAAUGCCUGGAGUAUUUUACUAUCAAGGAUUGUUUAGAGAAAACUAGAAUGUUGGACAUGGAAAGACAAGGAACUACAUUCAAAACAGAAGCAGAUAAUGCUCCUAAGGUUUUUGAAAAGUCAGGCAUUCAAUUGACCUUCGGUGGAAAUUAGUUUGAUAUGUGAAGUGUGAUGGAUUAUGCAUAGAGAAAUUUGUUGGUUUAAAAAAAGGUUGUAUUGACUGGAAACCA